AGAGAGCAACCCAGUCAACUACAACAGAAAUAGAAGCUCAGACGGACUUCCAAUCGUUUGGGCAGAGACAGUCAUAAACUCAUAAUCGUUUCUUCAAUCACUGGCGAGGUGAGGACGAAAUUGCCAUUGCUGGCUUGCUGCGAUCCUUAGAUUGAAGCAGUUUUUCAGGUUACUUGUUAUAUAUUAACUUGAUAAGCCAAUGUCGGAGGAUACUCAUGAAUCGGUUGAUGUUGAUGCCUCUGCAUCUCUUCCUUCAUCAUCAGCUCCUCUGUGGAAGCAUGAUGUGUUUUUGAGUUUCAGGGGUGCAGACACUCGAAAAGGUAUUGCAUCGGAAAUAUACUAUCGACUGCAAAACAGGAGAGGAAUCAAAACAUUCAUGGAUGACCAAGACCUUCAAGUAGGGGAUGUUAUUUCUCCCACUCUCCUAACGGCAAUUAAAGAAUCAAGGUUUGCAAUUAUUGUUCUCUCUCAAAACUACGCCUCUUCCACUUGGUGUUUGGAGGAACUUAGACACAUUUGUGAAUGCAUGGAAGAAGUGGAAGAAGACAAAAACAGAAUUCUGCCACUUUUUUAUUAUGUGGAUCCUACUAAUGUACGACAUCAGAAGAGGAGUUUUGGAGAUGCUUUCGCUGAGCAUGAUAAAUCUGGGCGACACGGAUUAGAGAAGGUGCAGCAGUGGAGAGCUGCUUUAAAAAAAGUGGCAAAUUUCUCUGGGUGGAACACACAGGAUUAUAAAACUGAAAGAGAACUUUUGGAUGCCAUUGAGGAAUUUGUGUGCAAUAAAUUACGAGCUACUGAACUUGAGUUUACAAUGUCCAUCGGAGGUUUUGAAGCAUUUGAAGCAACAAAACAAGCCAUUGAUCAGGUCAUGAAUGCGCUGAAAGAUAGUAAGGCCACUACCAUUGGAGUCUACGGAAUGGGGGGCGUCGGGAAGACGACAAUGGUGAAUUAUGUCGGUGUACAAGCCCAAGAAAAUAGGCUUUUUGAUAAAGUGAUUUUGGCUGUCGUAUCCCAAAACCCCGACUUGAUGAAAAUUCAACAGACAUUUGCAGAAAUGCUGGGCUUUGAACUCAAGGAGAAGACAGAAAUUGUAAGAGCCCGUGAAUUGAAGAAGAAAAUAAUGAGAGAAACCAAGAUCCUCAUAAUCUUGGAUGACAUUUGGAAGAGAAUAGAGUUUUCAGACAUUGGAAUUCCGAGCCACAACGAUCUUCAAAGAUGCAAUUCCAAAGUUCUACUGACCACCAGAAAAUUGAGUGUUUGCUACUCCAUGGAUUGCCAUGCAAACAUUCAUCUCAAUAUCUUAUCAGAAGAAGAUUCUUGGAGCUUAUUCGUGAAGGAAGCAAGGAAGUCUUUUGACAAAUCAUCCAAUUUCAAUGCUGUAGCACAUCAGGUGGCUAGAGAAUGCGCGGGUCUGCCAGUUGCUUUGAUAGCAGUUGCGAGGGCCCUUCGAGAUGAAGGUUUAGAUGGAUGGAAAGAAGCUGCUCGACGACUACAAGAGUCUCAACCUGCAAACCCUGAAGAUGAGGAAGAUGUGUACAGAUGCAUCAAGUUAAGCUAUGAUUACUUGAAAUCUGAUGAUUCCAAAUCAUGCUUCUUGCUUUGCUGCCUGUUCCGAGAAGAUUAUGAUAUCCCAAUUGAAUACUUGUUCAAGUAUGGAAUUGGGAAAGGAAUGUUUCAAGAUUCAAACUUACUAGAAGCCCGAGCCACAACUUAUUUAGUGGUGAAGGCCCUUAAAGAUUCUAGCCUGCUUUUGGAAGCUAGAAAUGACAGAUAUGUAAAGAUGCAUGAUGUCGUUCGGGAUAUGGCAAUCUCAAUUUCGUUAUCUGAAGGCCAGCGGGUCUUGGUGAAAGUUGGCUGUGAAUUGAAGAAUUGGCCACAGAUUGAUGCACAUAAAGGCUACACUGGAAUCUCACUAAUGGAGAACGAAAUUUGGAAGCUACCCCAAGAGUUGGUAUGUCCAAAUCUCCAGAUUUUAUUACUGCAAGACAAUGAUCGUCUAUAUGAGAUCCCAGACUCUUUUUUCCAAAGUCAGAAUGAAUUAAGAGUCUUGGAUCUUAGCGGCACUGGUAUUUCAUUACUACCCCAAUCAAUCAGUUUCCUAACCAACCUUCAAGCUUUGUAUUUAGAUUAUUGCGAGAACAUAAUUGACAUUUCUGUAAUCGGAAAACUUAACAAGCUUGAGAUUCUUAGUAUGAGAGGAAUUGCUCUGAGAGAAUUGCCAAGAGAAAUAGGACAGUUGACCAAUCUAAGGAUGCUGGAUGUCAGUACUUUUCCAGACGAGGACAAUGUACCCGACGAAGUUAUCGCCACCGCAACAAUUCCAUCUAAAGUGAUAUCAAAGUUGCAUAAAUUAGAAGCACUGUACCUAGAACGUGGAUGUAGGGAUUGGAGGAGUAAAAUUGAUGAAGAAGGAGAAGAAACCAAUAUUGUCUUUGAUGAAGUAGUUGGUUUAUCAUAUUUAAGCAUUUUGCAAGUUUGCAUAUCAGAUGCAAAUUGCAUCCCUAGAAGUGUUGAGGUCGAACCGAAUUGGGUUCACUUCGAUAUUUGCAUUUGCAGCAACAGUGGUGGACAGAAGGAAAUGGUGAGCUCUCUAUCUGGUGAAAGUUAUAAUCGUAGGGACUUGGGUCUUGAGACAACCAUAGGAACCCUUCCGGACUGGUUUGUCAACUGUGUGGUAAAGAAUACUGAGACGCUAGAUUAUGCUUAUUGCAGAGGGUUGAGUAACAUUCUUGUGGAAUAUGACCGUGGGAGGUUAAAUGGACAGAAAGUUCUCCAUGUACGUGGUUGCUGUGAGAACUUGAAAGAGUUGAUGAAUGCAAUAACAUGUGUUCCUGAUAAGCCUGUGUUUGAGAACUUGGAAGAGUUGCAUCUGUAUUGGCUGGAUGAACUGAAGCAGUUAUGUGUUGGUGAGUUACCACCUGGAUCUCUCCGCGGUCUGAAAUUACUGAAUGUCAGAUCGUGUCGUAACUUGGGGAAUGUGCUGUUGCCAUCAAAAUUGUUGCAGAAACUACCAAAUCUGGAAGAACUAAUCUGUCAGACAAGUGGAGUGGAAUAUGUGUUUGGAUGUGAAGGAUUUGAGCCAGUUCAAACAAAUCUGAGAGAGAUGGAGUUGCGUUAUCUAGACGUAAUAAGAAGCUUAUGUAAUGGUCAUGCUCCACGUGGAAUGUUCCAGGCUCUAAAGAAAUUGGCCAUUGAGAGGUGCAACAUCCAGGGAAGUCUCUUCACAUUUGAUGUAGCUCAAUGUCUUUUUCAACUGGAAACCCUUGUUGUACGCGACUGCCCUGUGUUGGAAAGAGUAAUCGAAGCAAGGAGGGAAACAUUGAACAACAAGAAGACCGUUCUUCCAAUAUUGAAGAACUUAAUUUUGGAAUAUCUUCCAAUGUUGUACGAGGGAAGUGCUACUAUUGAUUUUGAGUGUCCUUCAUUGGAAACCUUAUAUCUGUGGGAGUGCCCCCACUUGUCAUUUCCACGCUCCUCUGCUUCUGACUACUUCCACAGCAGGAACCAAGUUGAAGUUGAUUUCGAUUAGGAGGGGGAUGAACAGUAACAUUCAAGUGAUUUGACCAUUUUUUCCCUCCCUUCCAAUCAAUUUACACUCACUUGCCCCUGCCACCUACCUGUUCAUCUGCUGAGCCACCACGUAAUUCUGGGCUUCACACCUGUCGUCUUUUCUCUGCUGCGCAGAAGUGAAUAGAAGCUGAGAGCGGUAGAGAUUGAUAGGGAGUGAGAGAGAGAGACAGUCACUUUCAGUCUAUCUGUUCUUUCGAUUUGACGGUGGAGGUCUCCAAUCUGACAAUCUGUGCUUAGGCACCGAACCAGAAAAUCACCCAGACACUCAGAUCGUUUUGAGGUUCUUGCUGAGGCCAUCGGAAUCGUUCAGCCAAAUUAAGGAUGUGAAUUGACUGAGAUUGAGAACCCGAAAAGAUGACCCGCACCGUAGCCUAAAAUGUUCCCUAUUUCUCCUGGGUUGGUUUCGCGAUGGAGGACCCGAAAAGAUGACCCGCCUGUUUCAUUUCAUUCGAAUUUCCUCUCUUUCCCUAUAUUCCAAACCAACUUAGCCUCCGCCUAGAGAGAGGAAGCUUCCACCUUUCAAAUCAAACUCGGAGAAAUCAAAGUCGUGUAGAACGCGCCGAUCGAGUCCAAUCUGCCUACAUUUGAGAGUCCUAGCAGCCAAUGAAUUGUACACCAGAGCUGAUCUACAAAACCCACAUGGCCAUACGACGGGGAGUUAGCCAGCAGCUGCCGAUGGGUUCCGCCGUUCUUUACUCUGAAUUUAUUCUAGGGGAAUCAAAAUAUUAAAUUGGCUCAUGUAAUUGAAAGUAUUGAAGGGGUGUAGAUGGAGUCUCGUGGCAAGUCACUGAAGUUAUUGACUGCAGUUUCCCAGUCUACCCCAGUAACAGAGGCAUUUAAUCUAGCUAACGAUAUUCUACAACAAGGUGUUCGUGGUAUCUCUGAUAUAAUCACGAUUCCUGGGCUGGCAAAUGUCGACUUUAAUGAUGUAAGGGCUAUAAUGGUGAAUGCGAGUUCUUCAUUGAUGGGGAUAGGAACUGCAACUGAUUAGCAUCACUCUAAUUGGUACUGGAUUCAAACGCCAAGAAGAAAGUGAUGGGGAGGCCACACUAGGCACAAGGAGACAUUACCCUUGGAAUCAAUCGAAGACCAUCCUCCUUCUCAGAAGGCAGUUCUGUCGAGAUUCCCAAUUUCUUGAAGAAGAAAGGACACUCACGUUAUCGAAGAGCUUGAAAUGCUUCCUCUUUAUUACCACAUCAGCCUCUUCAUUACCACAUCAGCAUCAAUCUGAGGGAUUUAAGUAUGCCUCUGUAGAUACUAGAUGAUAGAUCCUCGAUAUGUCAUUUGUUAGUACUUAGUAGUGGUUCCUAGCCUUCAUAUAUUAGUGCACACUCGUCUGAGCAUUUUGUCUGUUCCCUUUUGUUCCCAGAAUAUUUCAAUAAAAGACUUUGGCGUGUAUAGAGUUUUCCAUCUAGGAAGUGAGAUAGAACUUAUGGAGAAGCAUGAAUUGCUUUGCUUCAGAGAAAAUUCUUCUUUGUUACUUAAUAUCUGAUUUUAAUUUAAGCUUUACUUUA